UAUAAAAUAUUAGGCAAUCUAAUAUCAGCGCUGAUAACUACUUUAAUUUUUGAAAUUGUACAUAUCAGGGUUUAGUAGAAUUCUUAGAAAAAUCACGUUUGAUAAGGAGUAAUUAUCAUAAAUUGCUAAAACUAUAUAAAGCAAAGAAAUUUCAAGCAAAAUCAACAGUAGUCACUACCUAUUCACGCAAUUAGUAUAUUAGCUGAAAUCCAAUAGCAAAUAUAGAAAUUACUAAUCAAAAUGAAAGUUAUUGUGCAAGUUUGUGUGCUCUUGGCCAUUAUCGCAGUCGCUUAUUCCGCGAGCUCAACCUGGGGUGUUCACAAUGUAACUGAUAUCAGAACAACAACAAAGUGAUUAGCGCCAUUUACUUGCAAGACCAAUUCCGGAACAGUUCGGGGCCAGCUAACUAUUUGGUGUCUGGUGGACCUGGUUGGACUUACGGUUCUAUACAAAUGAGAACCCAAACGGGUCAUGGUUUAAAUGUAACAAUUCUUGUUUAUGGCAAAUAAAUAAAUAAAUAAAUAUAGUAAAAUGUUUAAAGUAACGCAAGUGUACAAAUGAAAUCUGCGAUCGGAUUUAAAAAAAAAAUUGUAAAGAGCGAUUUUCUUCUAAUGCGAUAAAAUGUGAAACAGUUUUUUUUGCAAAA